AGCAAAAAAAAAAUUGUGUGUGAUUUGUGAUUGUUUUUAUUAAUUUUCUUGUUGUUUCUAGUCUUCCUAAUUAAUCAUGUAGACUGAAAAAUGUGUGGUUUCAAAGUGUGUAGGAUAUGCCUACGAAAUGAUGGAAAGUUUUAUCAUUUACAAGCAUUUGACUUGCAUAAAUUCUAUGCAGAAGUUACAAACAAACCUCUGAAUAUCAAAGAUGGAUUACCGGAGUACCUGUGUUACGAGUGCGCUGCGCUGCUGCACAAAUACCAUCGCUUCCGGGAGAAGUGCCAUCAAGGAGACAAAAUGUUUCAGAACAUGCUCAGGGGUGGUCCGCUCACAUAUGAAAUCUGUGAAAUAAACCGCAAAAUAAACCUCAAACUUCGACCCAAAUUCAUAACGUUAGAGAUUCUAAACAUCACUGACCGUGUUAAAACAUACACCUUUAAACACGAAAACCCUGCCAAUAUAAAAGUGGAAGUAAUCAAUGAGGAUUUCACCGAGGGCCCCUUCUCUGACGACGAAAUCUAUAACAAAGACCCAGAAAGUGAUCCUGUAGGGGAAGACGAUGCAUUUGAUCAUUUUGAAAACACUGCAAAUAGUGAUGAUGAAGAUAAAAAAGAUUUUAUUAUAUCAGAAAAUUCUAAUAACGUACUUCAAGUAGAUGAACCAGAAAUACCCAUUAUGGAAGAUAGGAAAGCAAAAGUAACUUUGACUGUCGAAUCAGUAAAAGGAUUAGCCAAAACAGCCAAACCAAAAAAGAGAGCGAACACAAAACUAGCAAGAAAGCCCAGAAAAAAUAAUAAACAAACAAGUAAAAAGAUAAAAAUCGAUUCAGGAGAUGAAAGUGACGACAUAGAGCUGAGCAAAAUCAAAUCGAGUAAACCAACAGCUGUGAUGACACCUGCUACAAAAAAAACUUACAAAUUCAACAAACCUAUAAAAGGGGUGUACGAAAAUAACUUUGAAUUUUUACAGAACACAGAAAACUGGAAGAGAUCACAAUUCAGUGACGAAGAGGCUAUGGAAGCAUUCAAUAACAGGGCAUUGGAAAAGAAAUACAUACAUGCACCGUUUAAAUGUACUUUAUGUUUUAAGGGUUUUUCACAAAAGAGUAUGCUUGACAGGCAUAUCGCACACAGGCAUAAUGAGGCGGUGGGUCCAUGCGUCUGCCGGUUCUGCAAGAUGCGUUUCAAGUCCAACUACUUCGUGAACAAACACAUGCGACAACAUUACAACAAGUACGAGUGCCUGAGAUGCGGACUCGUUUGCGACUUGGAAAGCACAGCCUUGUUUCACGAAGAGUAUCACAGGAAUGUGAUAAGGAAGUGCCCGCAUUGUGAGAGAGAGUUCAAGCACAUGUCGUCAUUCUACUCGCACCUGCGCACGCAUCGAAGCAAGCAUCUGUGCGCACUAUGCGGAGAGUCCUUCGUCAGCCAGCUGGGACUCCAUAUGCACAGGAAGGCUAAGCAUAGGGAGGUCACGCAGACAACCAACGUAGCCCCCGAAGGUGAUCGCAACUCAUGGUACUGUGGGGUGUGCAAGAUCAACUUCGAAUGCAAAACAGCCUACGAGAAACACCUGUCCCAUUCCGCAUUACACACUGAAGAAAACGAAAAACUAAGCGAAUAUGCAACAGAAAACAGGGAAAAGCAAGAUAAAAGAAUCACAGAAACUAAGGAACCUGAUCCAGAAUCCAAAGGCCUGAUUAACCGGAGAUCAAACGUCGAGAAGGAACUAUGUGCGGUCAGAAAAAGUGCCAAGACUCGUCUCACUACGAGGAGCACUCUUAAGAAACCGACCACGUGUCAACAUUGCAAUGAAUCGUUCGAAAGCCACUCGUCGUGCCUACGUCACCAUUUAGCAGAACAUCGCGGGAAGCCUUUCUACGCUGAACGCGUCAUUUGCGAGAUUUGCGGCGCUUCGUUAGCGUUGGGCAGCGUGGCCGCACACUUGAACCAGCAUACCCGCAGUAAAAUGUACACGUGUGACACUUGCGGCCGGUCUUUCACUACCAGCAACAUGCUUAAGAACCAUCUAGUGACGCACACCGGCGAAAGGAACUUCCCGUGCACGCUCUGCGACAAGCGGUUCACUCAGAACGGCAGCCUCAGUCUCCACUACAGAACGUUCCAUCUCAAGCAACCUUACCCGAAGAGGAUUCGAAGAAAAAACAUCGUCAAGGAAGAAGAAUAAUUUUAUCUUACUGACAAGUUUAGUGUUAUCAUUAUUUAUUUAACUAGAAUAUGUGUACCAGUAAUAUUCAGAACUAAUAAUCCUAACACCCGUAUUGACAAACAUUACUAUGAAGUCUCACAGUGCGCGUGGACGCACAGGGUAACAUACGAACCAAUCACAAAGCUCUAUUCAACGCUGUGCGUUCCAUUUGCUGCUUCACUUAUGCAAGCAUCGUUUUUGAAUACGGCGGUAGGAGGACUAUCGCAUUUCCACUCAUCAGGAUGGCGCUACUGUAGAGUUCGGUCAUAUCAAUCGCCAGUGGUGCCAACUGUUAAAUAUAAAAUCGAUGCAGCGCAGUUUUAUUUAAUUUAUUAAUCGAUUGUCUUCUAUUUGAAAAAAAAAGACUUGAUUGAUUUCUUGCGAUAAUUUAAUAUUUUUAACAGUAUAGUAGUUUCAUGUUUCUCUAUUUUACAUAGUAGCAUUUAUUAUAAAAAUGUUGAGAGGUUGUAGAUAGAAAAUAAGUGUUACAACAAUCAAGCUUUUUCAGUACUUAGAAUCAAAAGUAAAACAAAUCGCCCUGUAUUUAGCUAAGAUAUAUUUUUUAGAUCAAGAAUUUUAUUGUAGAAUGAUAUGAUAUUGUUUAAAUAAAUCACCGGCCGCGGCAACUCGAAUAUAAAUUAACUUAAUAAAGCGCAUUUAAUUGUUAUUUCUGUACUUUAUUUCGAAUUAAAUGUAGCGUGUAAGGUUGAAUAUUUGUGUAAAAUCCAAUAUAUUUCAAUAAAAACUAAUUAGCUCAA